AUGUCGGACCACCACCUCAGCUCGCGGCUCGCAAAUCUCAACCCCUUCACCAAGGGCGGAGGUGGAGGUGGAGGCGAUGACGAUGACGACCAGGGCGAUCGAAUCGACAACGAAAGCAUCGGCGGAGCCGGCCGCCACCACGCACGCAGGACGGAGGAGGCCAAGGUUGAGCUCAGGGUCAGCCAUGCACUGCGUUCGUUCCUCCUCAAGGAGCGCCUGCUCUCCGAAUCGGAGGCGGCCGAGGAGCACAGCGAGGCCCUGCAGCGUCUGCUGAGCCGCACGUCGUUUGACGCCCCGGGUGCGCUGCUGGAUCGCUCUCAUCCGCUGCCGGAAUAUUUCAUCAGCUCGAGCCACAACACGUACCUCAUGGCCCACCAGCUGUACGGCUCCUCGUCGGCCACGGCGUACGAGACGGCCAUCAACACGGGCUCCCGCUGCGUCGAGAUCGACGCCUGGGACAACGGCGCCGACGAGGACGAGCCGAAAGUCACGCACGGCUUCACCCUCGUCUCUCACAUCCCCUUCCGAGUCGUGUGCGAGACGAUCCGCAACGUCCUCGACCGGGAGCUCGCCGUCGCCGAGGAGGACGGCAUGCCGCCGGUGUCGCCCAUCCUGCUCUCGCUCGAGAACCACUGCGGCGAGCACGGCCAGCGUCGGCUCGCGAGCAUCAUGAGGGAGGUCUUUGGCGAGCGUCUGCUCAGCGAGUCGGUUCGCGAGGCCGGCCACCGCGAGCAGGAGAGCGCCGGCGAUCACGGCGAACACGUCACGCUCGCCGACUUGGGGCCUCGCGUAGCCGUCAUCGUCGAGUACCACAUCCCGGGCGAGGCCGACGAAAGCGACAGCUCGUCGAGCGACGAGGCCGAAGCGGAGGCCGACAAGGGCAAGGACAAGGAUGACGACAAGGAGCAGGCGGCGCGCAAGGAGUACCGGGACAACAAGAAGGAGAAGGCGGCGGUGUCGAGCGUCAUCGUCCCCGAGCUCGCCGAGCUGGGCGUCUACGCGCAGUCGGUCAAGCCGAGCGACAACUCGUGGUACGAUCCCGGCGCGCUCGUCAACGGGCCUCACCACCACCUCAUCAACGUGUCCGAGUCGGGCCUCUCGAAGCACCUGCCGGCAAGCGCGAGCCCCAUCGCGAAGCACAACGCCCACCACCUGAUGCGCGUGUAUCCGAAGGGGACGCGCAUCGGAUCGUCGAACCUCAAGCCCGUCGCCUUCUGGGGCAUCGGCGCCCAGAUCUGCGCGCUCAACUGGCAGUCGUUCGGGACGAGCAACCAGCUCAACGACGCCCUCUUCUGCGGAUCCGAGGGCUUCGUCCUCAAGCCUGCCGCCCUGCGCGCCGGCGGCGACGGCAAUCUCGGCACGGGCCGCAAGAAGAGGCUGCGCCUGCACGUCGCCGGCGCGACCGACAUACCGCUGCACGAGGACCGCGGCUCCGAUUCGAUCAAGCCGUACCUCACCUGCAACCUGUACAGCCCGUGCGCCAUGGACGGCGAGACGAACAAGCGCAAGACGGCGGCGUACAAGCACCACAAGCUCAGCAUGCUGCACCGGGGCGAGAAUCCGCCGGCGACGGAUCCCAUCUGGGACGAGACGCUCGAGUGGGUCUACGAGGACAACGAGCUUGUCUUCCUGCGCAUGCUCGUCAAGAGCGAUGACGCCUGGGCCCGGAACCCCAAGUUUGCCGUCGCCGCCGUGCGCCUAUCGUACGUCGUGCCGGGCUGGAGCUUCAUCAGCAUGCUGGAUAUGAAGGGGGGGGAGACGAAGUGCACCCUUCUCGUCAAGUUUGAGGUGACGGACGCCUAG